UCGGCCCCGCCCCCCGGCCCUCCGCGACCAAUGAGGUUUCUGAUUUCCUGCAGCCUCCUCUUGCCCCGGGCUGCCCAGGUCUUGGCAGCUGAGGCUGGCCUACCUCCUUGUCGUUCCUUCAUGGGUUUUGCAGCCCCUUUCACCAACAAGCGCAAGGCUUACUCAGAGCGGAGGAUUAUGGGGUUCUCAAUGCAGGAGAUGUAUGAGGUCGUGUCCAAUGUCCAGGAGUAUCGAGAGUUUGUGCCAUGGUGUAAGAAGUCUCUGGUGGUAUCUAGCCGUAAGGGUCACCUGAAAGCCCAGUUGGAAGUCGGCUUCCCACCUGUCUUGGAGCGCUAUACCUCUGCAGUUUCUAUGGUCAAACCUCACAUGGUCAAGGCUGUUUGCACUGAUGGCAAGCUCUUCAACCAUUUAGAGACUAUUUGGAGAUUCCGCCCUGGUAUUCCUGCCUACCCCCGAACCUGCACUGUGGACUUUUCGAUUACCUUUGAAUUUCGUUCUCUGCUGCACUCCCAGCUGGCCACCAUGUUUUUUGAUGAGGUUGUCAAACAGAAUGUUGCUGCCUUCGAACGCCGGGCGGCCACAAAGUUUGGUCCAGAAACAGUCAUCCCCCGUGAACUGAUGUUCCAUGAGGUGCACCAGACUUGAGGCAAAGGAUUGCUCAUCUAGCCUCCCUUCUAUUUCCCCUUCCUAUGCAAUUAUUUAUUUUGUUUGGCCCCAACUUUGAGAGGGACCUAUGUUCAUAGUACCAUUUCUCCUCUCAGUUUUAUAAAAAGUGGACUCUAUGCUGGCUGAAAAUGUUGUGGAAAAGGCAGGUGAUAUGCAAGUAAGACAUGAAUAGAAAAGGUCAGGCUUUUCUUUAAAGUUCAGCCUUUUCACAUUCAAUUAGAACCAGGUCUUUUGUCACUGAGCUCUGUCAGGGCACUUUAUAAAUAUCUGACCAAGGGAAGAAAGUUAACUUCUUGAAGGCUUAAGUAAACAGAGCUUUCUCUGGUUCAGAGGUUUUGGGUGGUAACUUUUGUUUUACCUUAGCUUCCUCAGGAGACAAGGCAGCCUGCUUCAGUUUGAGUAUUUCCAUGCUGUCUGUCUAGUAGAGAGAGCAGCUCUCCUCAUAAGUGCCACAUGGUGGAAAAAGAAGUACUGAACAGAAUUGUCUGAACUAAUGGGUUGCACCUUAUUCUUCCACAUGACUUGAGUUUUUAUAAAAUCUCAAUAAACUGUGACAGUGUGAA